CGGGCCCUCUUGGAGGCGGCAGCAGCAGCAGCGGCAGCAGCAGCAACAUUAGUCGCCACCUCCACCAAAGCCGCAACCCCGGCUCAGCCUCCCUCUGGCCUCGCUGCUGCUGCAGUCAUGGCUGCUGAUGGGGUGGACGAACGCUCGCCCCUGCUGUCAGCAUCUCACUCGGGAAAUGUCACUCCCACGGCCCCACCGUACUUACAAGAAAGCAGCCCCAGAGCGGAACUCCCACCUCCAUAUACAGCCAUUGCCAGUCCAGAUGCCGGUGGUAUUCCAGUUAUAAACUGCCGUGUGUGCCAAUCUCUAAUCAAUUUGGAUGGCAAGCUUCACCAGCAUGUGGUUAAGUGCACGGUGUGCAAUGAAGCUACGCCAAUCAAAAACCCUCCAACAGGGAAGAAAUAUGUUAGAUGCCCUUGUAAUUGUCUCCUCAUUUGUAAGGACACGUCUCGGCGAAUAGGAUGUCCAAGACCUAACUGUAGACGGAUAAUUAACCUUGGUCCAGUAAUGCUUAUUUCUGAAGAACAACCAGCUCAACCUGCAUUGCCAGUCCAACCAGAAGGUACAAGAGUCGUGUGUGGGCACUGUGGAAACACAUUCCUGUGGAUGGAACUGAGGUUCAACACUCUGGCAAAAUGCCCACACUGCAAAAAAAUCUCCUCAGUGGGUAGUGCACUUCCACGAAGACGCUGCUGUGCAUAUAUUACCGUUGGAAUGAUAUGUAUUUUCAUUGGCAUUGGAUUAACUGUUGGCACCCAAGAUUUUGCCAGGCAGUUUCACGCAACCUAUGUUUCUUGGGCAAUUGCUUAUCUCUUAGGUUUGAUCUGCCUUAUCCGAGCUUGUUAUUGGGGAGCCAUUAGAGUCAGUUAUCCAGAACACAGUUUUGCAUAAGCUUGCUUAUUUAUGAUCGAGUGAUGAAGGUGAGAGUGUCUAGCAGUUCUUGAUGAGAUACUCUGGACAUCUUUAAAUCAUGUAUCCCAAUGGAUUCCAUUCUGGUUUAUGUAUAAUACUUUCAAGACUUUGGGAGUCUUUUAUGAACAAAUGUUGAUUGCACUACAUUAUAUGCAAAUAGUUUGUUUUGCUGCUAGGUUUUCAAGCUCUGAAUAAUACUAAAGCUGUGUUUUCAUGUUGUUUUACAUUUCUUAAAAGUAUUUUUGGAUUAUCCCCCAAUCAUUGUGUAUAGCAUCACUCAUUCAUUAAAAUCAGUUGCUCCAUUACUUGCUAAUCUGUGACUAUUCCCAAGAAGUGUUUAUAAAUGUUUCUAUAAUAGCUUCACAUUUAUACUUACAUUUUAAUUAGACAAUAUCAAAAUCGCUUGCUUUAAAAUCUAAGCAAUAUGCAUUUUGCUUAAACUGCUUACUAUAACUCUACCCUAAGAUCAUAGUGACCUUAUUCAGGAAGAAACUUUGAGUGUACCUUCAAAGACUUGACACCGUUGUUAGAGAAAAACCAUUUCUAGACACUGUAUGCUUGUUUUUUUGUUGUUUGUAGAGAGAUACAAUAUUUUGGUAGUAAUUUAAAAUUUAAAAAAUGAAAAUAUUUAUUUGUCCACAGUUGGAGAUAAUGUUAGAUAAAUGUCUUUUUUCAAAGAUCACAGGACUUUUUGUCUUUCAUUUUUGUCUGUUUAAUUUACCAAUUAUACAAGUUCUGGUCUGGAUUCAUGGAAUUUAAUGUUAAUCAACUGUAUGUAUUCCUUUACAGAGCCUGGAGGAGGUAUUUCAUACAACAUGUUUUAUAAUACUUGACCAUUUAAACAAAGGUAUACUUAUGUUGGGUUGUCUUCUUUUCAUUAGACCAUGAUACAUUUUUCUUAUUGGGAUAAUUAUGUACUACUUAUAUGUGAUGGGAGCUUAUGACACUUUACAUUAGUUAAAAUGUUGAGACUAGAAGUAGUUAUUUUUGACCAUUCUCAUAUAUAGCUGGUCAGAUAAUUACCCUAUUUGAAAAAAAAAAAGAAAAA